UAGCGCCCUGCGCUCCGCUGGCGUGCCGAGUGCGUCCGUCCUCGUCCGUCUCGCCGCGGCGACGUCAGAGCUCCCGUGUCCUCUGGCCACCGCUGCUAUACCAAUCUUGUCCGCCUCUCGUCUCCGCUCUAUCGGUCCUUUACAUUUCCUGUACUGAGUAACGCUCUCCAUUAUAGCCUCCACCGAGCUCUACCCUCCACUCACCGGUGUUCCCGUCUUCAUAACACCAUGGAGCAGUGUUUUCUAGGAGACCGGGUGCUACUGGAGGAUGAUUACCUCGGACCGGCCACCCUGUGUGUCGACGGAGACGGUGUUAUCACCAGCGUGACCCGGGGUCGGGUCACUCCGCCGGAGGGUGCUAAGGUGACCGACUUCGGCCCCCUGCUGGUGAUGCCCGGCCUGGUCGACAGCCACGUGCACGUCAAUGAGCCCGGACGGACCGCCUGGGAGGGGUUCGAUAGCGCCACGCGCGCCGCCGCCGCCGGAGGCAUCACCACCAUCGUCGACAUGCCGCUGAACUCGAUCCCGCCGACCACCACGCCGGCCAACCUGGAGGCCAAGCUGGCGGCCGCCGCCGGCCAGUGCCACGUGGAUGUGGCCUUCUGGGGCGGCGUGGUGCCCGACAACUCGACCUGCCUGCGGCCGCUGCUGGCCGCCGGCCUGCCCGGCUUCAAGUGUUUCCUGAUCCACAGCGGUGUGGACGAGUUCCCGCACGUGACGGCCGACCAGGUGGAGACGGCGCUACAGCAGCUGCAGGGCACCGGAGCCGUCUUACUGUUCCACGCGGAGGUAGACGUCGGGGCCAGUCCCCCUGGCGGUGACCCGCGGCACUACUCCACCUUCCUGGCGUCACGGCCCAGGAAAAUGGAAAACGAGGCCAUCAAAAUCGUCAUCGAGAAAUGCCAAAAAUACGGGGUCCGAUGUCACAUCGUCCACCUCUCGUCCUCGGACGCUCUCGACAUGAUCCGCGAGUGUAAGGCGACCGGAGCGCCUCUGACGGUGGAGACGUGCAACCACUACGCGACAACCUGCGGUUACCUCACCUUCCAGUCGGCAGAGGUCCCUGACUGCGCCACCCAGUACAAGUGCUGUCCGCCCAUCAGAGAAACAGAGAACAGGGAGGCGCUUUGGGCAGCUGUGCAGAGCGGCCUGGUCGAUAUGGUGGUGUCCGACCACUCUCCCUGUACGCUGGAUCUCAAACAGCCCGGAGUCAUGGACUUCAUGGAGGCCUGGGGAGGCAUCGCAUCCGUACAGUUCGACCUGCCCGUGUUCUGGACGGAGGCCAGCCGGCGCGGUCUCUCGCUGCACGACGUCAGCCGACUGAUGUCGGCCUCCACUGCUCGGCUGGCCGGCCUGGGCCGUCGGAAGGGCGCCCUGCGCGUCGGACUCGACGCCGACAUGGUGGUCUGGGACCCGGAGGAGGAGUGGACCAUCGCUGAGGGCGACAUCAUCUUCAAAAACAAGAUCUCGCCGUAUUUGGCUCGUCAGGUGCGUGGCCGAGUGCACCGUACCAUCCUCAGAGGUAGUGAGAUCUUCGGGUCAGGUCAGCUAACGUCACCACCAGCCGGACAGAAGUUAUUGCUAGGACCGAAGCGGGACGAAGUCCCGGCCGAAGCCGGAGAGGACAACUCGACUGCGAUUGAACCACAGACCAGUCAGUAAAUUGAAUGAAACAUGGUGUCUGGGGACACAGCAUUCAACCAGCACUGCCCAAGUACCCAGUCUGUCUACGGCAUGUAAAUGAAAAGAAUCGGGGAAGGGAUGCGCCAGUCAAUUCCAGUCAGUUUAGUGUUUAUGUGCGGCUAUUGGACUGGUGCGGCUUAGUGCUGACAUUGCGGGCCUGCCUAGGCAUCAGCGUUGGCAUUUUAUCCGAGGGACAAACAGAUUCAGCAUUUCAGCUGUCGGUUUUGAACAUGUGUAUUUGCAUGUACGCCAGGCAAAAUGAUAUGACGCUUGUUUUAUGCUUUGUUUUAUUUUAUCCACACUCUUCAAGGGUGUCAUCGUAAAAGUUGGACGUAUUUUGUAUUGUUUGCUUAUCACGUUGUUUUGCAAUAUGAAUAACCGUAGCCCAACUCCUAAAAUACACUGGAAGCAUUUAAA